UCGCCGCUGCCAGCCCGAGUCACCGAUCGAACCCCACGUCCAGCCGACACCUGCUGCCCAGAGCGAACCCCCGGCCCAACGCCUGAGGAGCAGCGCUUGUUGGGAGGCAGACAUCGCAGCAGGACAGAUCACGGGGCUCAUUUUCCUACCCUAGAGAAGAGAACCGAAAAGGAAAAGUUUCACUUCAGCCGGCGAUACAACCGCCUGCUGCUUGUUGUUUCGGCUCAACAUGUCUGCAUUAAUGGAUAUUGUAAUUCCGAGGCCGGAGUUUCUCUACUCGACGAAGUUCUGGGCUGUUUUCCACACGAUCCUCUGGCUUCAUCGCUAUGUGCGUCUGCUGGUCCAUUGCGUCAGCCACUGGACUUACAAGUCCAAAAUGCCAAACUGGGAAAAACCAAAGUACACAUCCAAAGAUGUCACGGUGAUCAUCCCGACCAUUCACAACCGCCCCGAGGAGUUGCGCCCGUCACUGGAGAGCAUCCUGGCUUGCCAGCCCGCGAAGCUGAUCCUCGUAACGACGUGGAACAAGCACGAGGCGCUGAGGCGCGUGACUGCGACGCUGCAGAUGCCGGACCCUGCGUGUCCCGUCGAAAUCGAGGUGCUCCACGUGGACAAGGCAAACAAGCGUCUCCAGGUCUGCAAGGCGCUGGAGGACGACCACGUUAGAACGGCGAUCACGGUCAUGGCCGACGACGACGUGGAAUGGCCGCCCACCUUGAUGCCGUGGCUGCUCGCGCCGUUCGAGGACGACAGGAUGGGCGGCGUUGGGACCUGCCAGCGGGUGAAGCGGGUCUUCGAUGGCGAUGUUGUGACCCGCAUCUUCAACUGGCUCGGGGCAGCCUACAUCGAGCGCCGCAACUUUGAGAUCUCGGCCACGCACAACAUCGACGGCGGCACGUCGUGCAUGUCGGGCCGCACGGGCGCGUACCGCACCGAGAUGCUCAAGAGCUACGAUUUCUUGGGGAGCUUCAAGAACGAGAAGUGGGGAAGGUACAUCCUCAAUGCUGACGACGACAACUUCGUUACGCGCUGGCUAGUGGCUCACCAGUGGAAGACCUGGAUCCAAUACGAGCCCGAGUGCGAGAUCGAGACGACGCUCGAGAACAGCACCAAGUUCCUCUACCAGUGUUCGCGCUGGGCAAGGAGCAACUGGAGGAGCAACUGGACCAGCCUGGUACGCGAAAGAUACGUGCUCACUCAGCAGCCGUGGUGCACGUACGCGCUGCAUAUUGCUACCUUCACCUCGCUGGCCUUCGUGGUCGACCCGCUUCUGCUCUUCUCGUGCUGGUGGGGUACGGAGAACUGGGAGCCUAGAAACCGGCGUAUCCUUCUCUGGGCGGAGAUUGCGUUCAUGUUUGGCUUUACCAAAGUAGUGAAACUGGUUGGUCUGUUUCGCAGGAAUCCAAGUGACAUCGUGUUCCUGCCGGUGUCCAUCCUGUUCGGCUACUUCCACGGCCUGAUCAAACUCUAUGCGCUGUUCACGCUCAAGGAGACAUCGUGGGGAAGCCGGGAGGACGGCGACGAGCACAACACAUUCCGUCUGCAGGAGAAGCCUGUCCGCAGCCAGAGCAUGGCGACACCGCACGGGCCGGGAUUGCCCAAGUCGAUGCGCCAUGCUCGCUUCUCGCAGGCCAAGCGCGUGGCCAUCUCGUCGUCGGGAAAACAGGGCUUCAUGUCUUACGCCCUGGCAGCAGCAACGGACGUUGCAUACCCGAAAGCCACCGGGUCUCCGAUGUAUGAUGACAUUGACAGCGCCGACGACUAGCCUCCAUCACCGUACGACGAGCGUUCACACACGACUCAUGAUGGCUGGACGACAUUUCGGGAUCUCAUUUUUGGUCUUGACGCGUCUCCCGGGUCACCACCGGGGUUACCGAGACAUGGUCGAGGCAAAACAGAACUCGACCUGCUUGGCUAAACAAUAAUGCUUUUGGAAGUCGGAGUCACCCAUACUAGGGCGCAUCUUCGUUUUCGGGG